AUGUUGCUUUCGAGUUUACUUACUGUGUUUGGAAUUUUUACAGUUGGUGCUAGAAGUUCUGAAGAUUUGUUUAGUUUGCUUAUCCUUCUGCCUAUAGGACUUAUAAUUUGUUGUCUGGCGCUUAUUCCAAUUUAUUGUGACAAUUGUAAGGAUGCUAGGCAUUAUUGUAAUGUUUGUGAUACUUAUAUUGGCAAAUAUUUUCAUGACAGUCGAAGGCCUGUAGUUAUUAUACCACCAGAAUUAUAUCAACAAGCACACAACAAUAAAAAUAAUAAUUAGAGAGAGAAUACAAUAAAAUAAGAGAGACAAUAGAGAAUAAUUAGAGAGAGAAAUAAUAGAAAAUACAAAAAUCAGAAUUUAUAUUUAUUGUGUUUUCAGGAAUGUGUUUUUGUGUGUUUGCGUUUUUUCCGGAAGUGUUUUACUUUAUGUUUAUUGUGUUUUCCGGGUGUUGUGUUUUUCCAUGUUUUUCCGGAAAAAGUUUAUUU